AGUGGCUGUGUCGGAAAUUUCCUUCAAGGUUGAGAGAAGAGCUUCAAAAAACAAACCUUUUGCACGUGGCUGUCACCAGAUGUAACAAAGAGACUGUAAACAUUUUGUUAGAUCACGGUGCCAAUAGUAACUUGGUCAUUGGCAACAUGACACCACUUAUGCAUGCCGUGGACCCUGAGAUGAUACACUUAUUGAUACAACGAGGAGCUGAUGUUAAUUUUAAGACAGCUUCGUUCUAUGCUAAAACUGCCCUUACCCAUGUAUUUUCAACUUCAUACCAUGACCAACUGAGAAAGAAAUGGGCCUCUGAAAUGACAAGAGAAACUGAAUCAAUUUUUCUGGUUAAAAGAUUAGAGGAUGUUGUGUCUGCGAUUCUAGAGCAUGGGGCCAAUGUUAAUGAACUUGAUUAUUGUAAUAAGCCAUUACUGAAUCUAGCAACAAUAAUGGAUUUUUCAUUAAGUCUCAUGAGAUUUCUGAUAGGCGCAGGAGCUGAUGUCGAUGCUGGUAGUUUUGAAGGUCGCUCAGCGUUGCAAGCUGCAGUAAAUAAAGUGGGAAGCAUUCAAAAGGUAGAAUUGUUAAUAAAGGAAGGAGCUGAUGUCAAUCAGACAGACAGGCAAGGUCGAAGUCCAAUAUUUAGUUCCAAUGAUUGUGAAAUGACUGAAUUUUUAAUAAAGAAUGGGGCUGAUGUUAACCGGACUGACGAAGACGGUCAAAGUCCAAUAUUUAUGUCAGACGAUUGUGCAGUUACUCAGUGUUUAAUAAAGCAUGGAGCUGAUGUCAACGUCUUAGAUAAAAACGGUAACACCGCUCUUAUUUGUGCAGUGAAACAUUUCUUCUCUAAAGAACUUUUCGACCUUCUCAUCAGGGCAAGAUGUAGCAUCGAACACAAGAAUAACAGUGGCAAAUCAGCGCUGGGGUUGGCCAUGAGAUAUCAAGUCUAUGAUGCGGCAGAGUAUUUGCUUCAUGCAGGAGCAGACCUGAAUUCUUGCCUCAACGAUGCGAACGGAAGAACCUCCAUAGACAGACUGUUGCGAAAGAUGUGGGAUGAUCCAGAUUCAACAAGCCAUUUUCUUCAUCUCCUUUUAGAUCACAAAGCUAAUUUUUCCAACAUUAUACACCCGUGUGUUAUACACUUUCUAAUAGCUUCAGGUUGUUUCUCACUUGUCACAAAACUCAUAUGUUCUGGGUUGGGACCUACCGAUGCAAUACUUCAGAAACCUGUCAAGGGUUGGUACAUAUGUGAGGCUGGUGUAUCUCCUUUAGGUGCAGCUUUGCUUAUGAAAAACGUAGAACUGGCUCAAUAUUUCAUAGACAUAAGAUAUCUCACAAAGUCGGAUAUUGCUUUGAUCUUUAAAAAUGAUAAACUUUUCAAAUAUUUGAAAGAAGAUAACCAGCUAGAAUGUUUAAAGUUAUUCAAAAAAAUCUCACAGGAGCCAUUUUCGUUAGAGACUCUUAGUUUUGUCGCUGUCUCUUCGGCCAUUGGCUCAGGUCCUGGAAGGCAUGACCGAAUUAGAAGAACGAAACUACCAGUCCUUGUGCAGAGCCAAAUGUUAUACAAAGAUGCCACGCCGAGUGCCAAAUUUCAAGAUGAUAGUGACACAAGGAGCCUGGCUCUCUUUCGAUCCUUCUACAGAAACAUGACAGGUGAAGACUACGAAUUUUGCGACAGCGAUGCAUCUGAUUCUGAUGAUUUUAUUUUUUAUAUAGAUGAGGAUGAUUUGAGUGACAGUGACUUUUAAAAAAAAAUUGUUGAGGAAUGAUAUUUUCUUUUCGAAUGUGAAGGUUACAAAAAAUUCCAACAUUUCUUUAAUUAUAGCAUCUUUAGCUAUGUAGUCACUUUGUUCUUUUUUUUUUUUUUACCACCUUGAUUUUAAAGACCAGAAUAUAUUUGAAAUAUUUCAAUGUCGUGCUAAUGCACAACUUCAGAGUAUCUCUGCAUGUUUCAUUUCAAACCGAUUGAACAUGUAAAAAUAAAUUUGGAUUUUUUUUCUGUUUUUUUUAGGCCACGUUUAGUAUAUUUUUACAACUUGGAUUUUUCUUUUCGUUAAAAUUAUACCUUUUUGCUUCUUUUCUCCAUUCAAUUUUUACGCUGUUUAUUUUAGAUUUACUACCUCGUUUCAAUGUAAAACAAAUUCAAUGGCUAAUUAUUCCUGCUGGGGUUGCUAAGCUCAAAUUUCGUCGGGGGACGGGUAUGCACCGUGUAACAAGCAGAUCCUUUCAAAUAUAAUUUAAAAUUUUAGAAAAUUCUGCGUAAAAAUAUUCCUUCUACCAGUUAAUAAUUUUAAUUCACUAAAGAUCACGACCUUUUCUUUAGAUAGGGUGUUAAAUAAAUUUAUUCUUUAAGUUUUCAUCAAUUUGCGUAUUUUGUCACAUUGUGCUUCGGCUCACCGCUGUAUUUAUUACAUUUUGUGCCUAUCUCAGUUUAAACCUAGAAAAAUAUUGAGUUUCUUCUAUGCAUUACUGACUGUUUGUUCUAAAUAAU